AUGCCGCCACUGGAGGAGAAAGGAGAGAGGAGAAAGGAGAAAGGAGGGCGCCGAAAAGGAUACGAUAACAAUGCCAGCUCCUCCCAGCUGGGAUCCUUUGGGGAUCCUUCGGGGGAUGAGGAUAAGACCCGGGCUCCCAGUGCAGUGAAGCGCAUCAAUUCCACCAUUUCCAUUCCACCAUUCAAAAUGCGAAAUCCGUUGCCAGGACGCGGAGAUGCACAAAUGCAACACAAAUUAUUACUUGGCUUCGCUCCAGAAUUUCUAUCAAUUCCCGUUAUAAUAUCAUAUUCCUUGUCGGAUGAACUACCCAUAGCCAUAGGAAAAGUUCCCUGGCAGGCUUCGGUGCAAAUAAACGGCAAACAUCGUUGUGGAGGAGUCAUAUAUAGUGAUGAUAUAGUCCUAACUAUAGCCGAAUGUGUGAGAAAAGCCCAUGUGAAAUAUAUCUCAGUGCGAGUGGGCUCUUCCUUGAAAAACUUGGGAGGUAUUGUGGCGAAUGUUAAGAAAAAGAGGAUGCAAGUAAUGGCUAUACGAUCCAGUGAUGUGGUAAUACUUCAGUUAACCAGACCUUUAAAAUUGGGUGGCAAUGUUAGAGCUAUUGAGUUGGCCACUUCAGUACCAUCUCCUGGAACUAAAGUCACUGUUUCGGGUUGGGGUCAACUCUCGACCUUGAUUCCCUCAUCGGAAAUAUUAUUGAGAGUGAAUCUUAAAAUAGAAAACCAGAUGAAGUGCACUAUACAACAGGCUAUAAAAGGAAGAUUUCUUAACAUGGACGAGAUCUGCGCUGCUCCCAGGGGAAUCGUACCCCUCGCCUGUCAAGGAUUCGUGGGAGGUCCUUUGGUUUCCGGCAAUAAACUGGUUGGAAUCGUUUCCUGGCACAACUCUUGUGACUUCCUCAAUACUCCCAGCGUAUUUGCCAAUAUUCCCUGGCUUAAAACAUGGAUUGAUACCACUGUUCGACUAAUGAAAACAUUUAACAUAGGAUAA